AUGGCGUCUAAUACAAUUGAAAAGUAUCCUUUAAAUCGUCGUAAAGAUCAUGUAAAUCGAAAUUUUCAACUUUUCGAUGAUAUCAAUAAAUCAACUAGUAAAAAAAUAUCUUCAAAAUUACAAACAAAAUCCAAUAUUCGUAAACCUGAAUUUAUUCUUAGUAUUCAUCAUAAGGAAAGUCUUCAUAUAAAUAAUGGUUUACGUCCAUUAAUAUCUUUAUUAAAAGAACAUAAAGGCAAAGAAGUUCAUCAACCUGAUCCACGUACAUCACUUCAUAUAAAAGGUUUAGAUAAUAUUUAUUAUAAAACUCGUAAACCAUUACAAACACAUGAUGUAUGUAAACGUUUUACACCAGGUAUGCCUGUAUGGCUUUAUUUUAAAACAACAUGUGAAACAUUAGAUGAUAAUUUAUUUUCAUAUGAGAAUGAAAUUAUUGAUUAUACACCAAAAGAACGUCUUCAUUAUGGAUAUCGUGGUCGUCUUCAACGUGAACAAUUAAAAAUAAAACAAAAUAAACAAAAACAAAUAAAUUCUUCUUCAACACCUGAUCCAUUAUUAAAUUUAAUAUCAAUACGUAAAAAUGCACCAUUAUCAACAACAUGUCAUUUAGUAACACUUGGUUCAUUUCUUGAUUGUGGAACAUAUAUUGCACAUACAUCAACAUUACCAGAUAUUGAUAAAUUUGAAAUUGAAUUUCGUACAAUACCACAAUCAAUUUAUUUACGUUCAAUUAAAAAUCAAGAUUAUAUAAAUACAAAUGAUGAUUUACUUUAUAAUAAAAUACUUUAUUCAAUAUUAAUACCACAUGAUAAUAUUGAAUCAUAUAUAAUAGUUAAUCAUCAAGAUGAUUUUAUUGAUAUAUUUAUUCCACUAUUAUAUGCUAUUAAACCAACACAAGAAAUUGAAUUAGAUGAUUUAGGUACAAGAAAACGAACACGUGCAACAAGAUUUCAUCGUUUUGAUACAAAACAUAUUGCACAAUCAUCAGUUAUUCAUGUACAAAUACCACUUUUAAAUACAAGUAGUAAAAUGAUUAAUGAUUUAGCUAGUAAAUUACUUGAGAAUAAUAUAAAAAUUUUAUAUGGAAAUAUAAAAAUUAUUUAUUUACCAAAUGAUUAUAUUAAUUCAUAUGAAAAUUUACAAUUUGGAAAUUAUCUUUGUAAUUAUGCUUGGCAUAUGCUUGUAUCACUUGGUUAUCGUCUAAAAGAUAAAUUAACUGAUGAAUUCGUAUCAAAAUUAGUCGAUAUAUCAAAUGAUUCUUCAUUAUUUUAUCAUGCAUUACGUGAUUUAUGGAAAACAUGUAAAGAUAAUCGUUUUUUGGAUAUAUAUAUAACAUUAUCAAAUAAUGCAAUAAAAUAUUCUGAUAUUGGUGCUCGAUGGUUAUUUGAUUGUACAACACCAAAUUAUUGUUAUGUUCCACGUGUUAUUGUAACACCAACACAAAUAUUACCACAACCAAUGCGUCCAAUGAAAGAAAAUCGUGUUUUACGUGGUGGAAGAUUUGGUUCAUCAUUUGCAUUUUGUCGUGUUUUAUUACGUGAUGAAGAUCUUGUUACAAUGUCAGCUGAAACUGUUGAACAAUGUCGUGAACGUAUAUUAGAUUUAAUAAAACAAGAUUUAACAAUAGCACAAACUGAUUAUGAAUAUCUUCAUUGUUCAAAUUCACAAUUACGUGAUCGUUCAUUUUGGUUUUAUAAACCAAAUAAUGGUAAUACAGCUGAAACAAUACGACAAUGGAUGGGAAAUUUUCGUCAUGAAUAUUCGGUUUCAUCAUAUGUUACACGUAUGGCACUUUGUUUUACGGGUUCAAUUAAAACAUUUACAAUACAACAAUUAACUGAAAUUGAAGAAAUUCCAGAUAUAAAGACAAGUGAUGGACGAUAUGUUUUUACAGAUGGUAUUGGAAAAAUAAGUGAACCAAUGAUGAGACGAGUUUUUGAAGCAUUAGAUCUUAAUCAAACAACAGGUUAUUUACCCUGUGCACUUCAAAUACGAAUGGCAGGAAUAAAAGGUGUUUUAGUUAAAGCACCAGAACUUGGUUUACGUGAAGUUAUUCAAGUUCGUCGAUCACAAAUUAAAUUUGAAUGUGAUCAUUAUGAUCUUGAAGUUAUUGAUUAUUCUAAACCAUGUAAUUUAACAUUAAAUAGACAAGUUAUAACAUUACUUUCAUCACUUGGUGUUCAAGAUAUUGCUUUUUUACAUUUACAAAAUGAAGCACGUCUUCGAACAACAAUGGCUUUACUUAAAUGUCGUGAAGCUAUUAGUUUAUUGGAUAAAGUUAGAUUUUUUGAAUUUGAAAAAAUUAGUAAUUCAGGAAUUGACAUAUCUCAAGAACCAUUUUUUCGUUCACUUUUAAUUGCUGCUUAUCGUGAUCGAUUACGUUGCUUAAAACAACGUUCAAACGUUUCUAUACCAAAAAUGUAUGGACGAGCUAUGUUUGGUAUCAUUGAUGAAAGUCGAACACUUCACUAUGGUGAAGUAUUUAUUCAACAUACAUCAAAUAGUCAACUUGAAUCCGAAAUUGUUCUUGGUUAUGUUGCUGUAACAAAAAAUCCUUGUCUAUAUCCUGGUGACAUUCGUGUAUUAAAAGCUGUUGAUGUUCCACAUUUACAUCAUUUACAUGAUUGUAUUGUUUUUCCUUGCAAUGAUGGUGAUGUUUAUUGGGUUUGUUGGCUACCAGAUAUGGUACCUAAUCUUGAAAAUCAAAUUGAACCAUUAAAUUAUGAUACAGCAGAAAAAAAACUUCUUGAUCAUGCCAUAACAAUUGAUGAUGUAGCUGAUUUUUUAAUUGAUUAUAUGGCAAAUGAUUUUCUUGGUGAAUUAUGUAAUGCACAUUUAGCAUGGGCUGAUUUAGAAUUAGCAACAAGUCCACGUUGUAUUGAAUUAGCUCAUGAUAUAGCUGCUGUUGUUGAUUAUCCAAAAACAGGUGUUAAUCCUGUCAAUGAUGAAAAACGUCGUGAAUUAAAAGCACCACGUUAUCCUGAUUUUAUGGAAAAAGAAUUACGUACAUAUGCAAGUCGAAAAGUUCUUGGAAAAAUGUAUCGUCAAGCACGUUGUGCAUAUGAUUUACAUGUUCAAUUAGAAUAUCUUGAUGAAAAAUAUUUUAUUGAAAUUGAUGAAACAUUAUUAUUUGAUGGUUUUGAAAUAUAUUUAGAUGAUGCUAAGCGUCAAUAUCAUUUAUAUUGUAAUAAAUUACAACAAAUACUUGAUUUAUAUGAUUAUAGUACAGAAGCUGAAUUAAUAACUGGUUGUCAACCAUUAUUUAUUGAUGAAAAACGUUCAUAUGAUGCAGCUGAUGUUGCUGGACAAGAUUUUAAACGUUUACGUACAGAUACAAGACGAGAAUUUUUAAAUGAAUUUAUUCGUUAUAAUGAUAAACAACAACGUAAACGUGAUCGUGAUCGUGAUAUAACAUUAAUAUCAUCAGAUUUCAAUAUAGCUCGUAAACAAUUACAAAAAGCAUCAGCUUGGUAUUAUAUUGCAUAUACAGAAGAAAAUGAUGAUCAUGAACAAUUAAUUAAAUCAAAAUCAUUUGCAUGGUUAAUGUGGGAUUUUUUAUGUGAAAUACGUUCACGUAAAGAACGUAUACAUCAUUUAUCAUCACGUACAAUAUCUGAAGCAUUAAAAUCAUAUUAUAUAACAAUGACAAAUGUUAAAUCACGUCAUAUAGCAAAUUAUGAAAAAGCACGAACUAAUUUAUAUAAAUAUUUAUUAGAAGAUCAAUGUGAACAUUUAUUUGAACCAGCUUAUUCAUUUCUUAAUAUACCUGAUUUAACUGGUACACGUGUACGAGUUAUUAUUGAUUCACAUAAUAAUUUAAAUAAAUCAAAAACAAUUAUUAAUUUAAAUAAACAACAAUAUGAUAUUGUACCAUUAAAUAUAAAUAAAAUAAAAUUAUUUAAUAAAGCCAAUAGAUUUUAUUUUAAAUUAUUAAUGCAACAACCAGCUAUUGCAACUGUCCUAGAAAUAGCUAUUGAUUGGGCAGCUAAACAUCAAUGUUUUACAAGAAUGGAUAGAGAAGGAAAUAAAAUUCUUGUUCUAAAACCAGAAAUGUUUUUUGAAAGAGCACUUAAAGCUUUAUUUAAAGAUGUUCCAGCUUGUUAUUUACCAUCAUUUGAUGAUAAUGACGAAGAUGAUAAUGAUCAAAUGAAAAUUAUUAAUGGAUCAAUUGAAGAUGAUUCAAUAACAUCAUCUGAUGAUGAUGAACAUUCAAUUAAACUAACAAAUAAACAAUUAAAUAAAGAUUUAUUUUUAACUUAUGAACAAUGGACUAAUUAUAUGAUUGAUAAAUGGGAUUUUCAAGCAAUAGCAUACAAUUUUCAAAAAUUGAUUCGUGUUUGUAAUGAUGAAAAAGAUAUAUGUUUUCUCAAUGUAUGUCAUAUACUUUUAUUGGCAUUACAAAAAAUUGGUAUUACACGAAAUCUUGAUAAUGCACCUGUUGAUCUUAAAGAUUCACUUGUUUAUCGAUUGGAUCAACCAUUGAAUCGAAAUCAUCCAUCAUCUGCAUUAAAUGAAAGUAUAUCAAAACCAGAAUCACUUCCACCAGAAUAA